AUGACGACUAUGGAUCUGCGCGUCGGUAACAAAUACCGCAUUGGCCGCAAGAUCGGCAGCGGUAGUUUCGGUGAUAUCUACCUUGGCACCAACAUCAUUUCCGGCGAGGAGAUCGCUAUCAAGCUCGAAAGUGUCAAGGCCAAGCACCCCCAGCUCGAAUACGAGGCCCGUGUCUACAAGUCUCUGGCCGGUGGUGUCGGGAUUCCUUUCGUGCGUUGGUUCGGUACCGAGUGUGACUACAAUGCUAUGGUCAUCGACCUGCUCGGUCCCAGUCUGGAGGACCUUUUCAACUUCUGCAACCGCAAGUUCUCGCUGAAGACGGUGCUCCUUCUCGCCGAUCAGCUCAUCUCUCGUAUCGAGUACAUCCACGCCAAGUCUUUCAUCCACCGUGAUAUCAAGCCCGACAACUUCCUCAUGGGUAUCGGCAAGCGAGGUAACCAGGUCAACGUGAUCGAUUUUGGUCUGGCCAAGAAGUACCGCGACCCGAAGACUCACUUCCACAUUCCCUACCGCGAGAACAAGAACCUCACCGGAACUGCUCGUUACGCCAGUAUCAACACUCACUUGGGUGUCGAGCAGUCCCGCCGUGAUGACAUGGAGUCUCUCGGCUAUGUCAUGCUCUACUUCUGCCGUGGUACUCUGCCCUGGCAGGGCCUGAAGGCUGCUACCAAGAAGCAGAAGUACGACCGUAUCAUGGAGAAGAAGAUGACUACCCCUACCGAGGUUCUGUGCCGUGGUUUCCCCAACGAGUUCUCCAUCUACCUCAACUACACUCGUUCCCUGCGUUUCGAUGACAAACCGGAUUACUCAUACCUCCGCAAGAUCUUCCGCGACCUUUUCGUUCGCGAGUCCUUCCAGUAUGACUACGUCUUCGAUUGGACCGUCUACAAGUAUCAGAAGAAUGCCGCCAUGAUCGUGGACGCCAACAAGAAGGACAAGGAGGCCGAGGAGCAGCAGCGCCGCCAGGGUGUUGCUGCUGCUGCACCCAUGGGUACUCCGGGUGCUGCCGCCAAGCCCGGUGCUAUCUCCAGCCAGCGCCGCAAGGUCAUCGAACGUGGAACUCUUGACAACACCCCGGACACCAACCGUGCUGUCGGAGGGAGUGACAGGAUGUGA